GAGAGGGAGGGGGAGCAAACUUGUGAUUUUGGUCUAACCACAGAACUGCAGUCAACGAGAAGAGGAUGUGCACCAAAUCCUGCGUCAGACUAAUGCUGCUGUCGGGGGGGAGAGGAAAGGGAAGAAAGAACCGAAUGUAAUUAGACUCGAGAGUGAAGAGAAAGGAGAGAGACCCGGGGACGCUGCUGUAAAGCUGCUCGUACACUCUUGUGAAGGAUGUUUUCUCGGUCAGUUAUUAGCCGUCUGAGCAGGAAGCGUCCGCCUUCAGAGAUUCAGGAUAACGAUGUCCUAGCCAGCACAAGCCACCAUGGAGCUACAGGAACAGAGAAAUGGUCAAUUUCCUUAGAACAUCUCCUGGAUGACGCUGAGGGGGUCAGACGCUUCAGGGAGUUUUUAAAGAGUGAGUUUAGCGAAGAAAAUGUUUUGUUUUGGAUAGAAUGUGAAGACUUCAAGAAGACACAGGACAUUGAAAGACUUCGAGACAAAGCCAAACACAUCUAUGGCACAUACCUGUCCAGCAAGUCCAGCACCCAAGUGAACGUGGAGGGCCAGUCCCGACUCAGCGAGAGCAUGCUGGAGCAGCCCCACCCCCUCAUGUUCCAGAAGCUGCAGGAUCAGAUUUUCAACCUUAUGAAAUUUGACAGCUACAGUCGCUUCCUGAGGUCGGACAUCUUUAUGAAGUCGAAGAGGUUAGAAGAAAGUGGCAGCGAGGAGACGGUAGCCAAAAGAGCUUCCAGAAUUUACAACACAUGACCAGCACAGCACGUCGGAUACGAAGAACGGCAUUGCUUCAGACUAGUCCUUGGCUACGCUUGCAUUGUAAAAAAAAAAAAAAAACUAAAAAAAAAAAAAAAAAAAAAACUAAAGGGGAUUUGCAUGCUUUGAAAUGCAAAGUAUCCCUUAGGAGAACUCAGCACAACCUCUGUACCUCUGAUAUUCAACUAGGGUAACACAAAGAUCAGCUACAGGCCCAUCAUGUAACCCUCUAUGACUGAGAUCUUUCUCUCUGCAAAGUGAAGAUUACUUCCUGACCAUAGGAAGCUGCUGUGGUAACCCAAUGCUCCAUGACUGUGAGAUAUUUAUGUCUGCAAAGCUGAGAUUACUUCCUGAUAGGAAGCUGCUGUGUUUGUUUUAAGUGAUUCUGAUGACCUUCACCCAGCAAUCCCUCUGCAGGGUUCAUAAAUAUCCACAGCACAGUAUGAUAACGUCUGGACCUGGUACAGACCUUCAGGCAGUAGAUCUGAGGUAUAAAGCUCAUGGUUCAAUGUGCUUCUUGCUUCUUCCAUCUGAUGGAAACCACGUGUACAGUAUAUCAGCUGGAAUAUGGGAAUUCUGUUGAGGUGACCGAACCAUCUCAGCUGUCGAUUUUACCGUGCCCAUCCAUCGGGCAAGAACCUAAGGGGGUGUUCAGUCAGUGCUUGACUGUUCUCCUACCUGCUCCAUGGAAAUACCCAUUGAUGAGCACUAAAUCAAGUCUGUUAUAACACUGUUAUAUUCUAAUGGCAUGUCUGGAAACACCUUGCAGUAAGUGGCAGUUCCUAGGAAUAAUGGCUGGAAUAAGACUGCUCAUCUCAAGCACAGCAGGGUUGGUCCUCAUCAGUAUUUGGAUGGGGGACCUCAAAGCAGGCGCUGAAGUGUAUGAAGUGGUAUUAGUAGUGCUUGAGUCAGAGCUCACAAGUCCCCACAUAGUUUUAAUAGGUACUUUGCUGUUGGAUGUGUGGUCUUUUGGAAGAGGCAUAGGAUCUUCUGUAAAACUAUUCAAAAAUUGACACUUUUUCAGUGUCCAGUGAAGACACUUUGUCAAACCCUUUGUACCUACCUUCACUUUCUAUCUGUAUAGCCGAAAGAUACUGACGAUCCCAAGCCAUAUUUCCAAGAAAGCAGGAUGUCCUGGCUAAAGUCCCACACCAUUUAAUUCAAUUCACUGUAAACAGAAAAUGGGUCAGAGUAACCCGAAAAACGAGGUGUUGCAUCGGAGUGGAUCUUUAUGAUUAAAUAACGCAAAGAACCCUAAAGACAGGUGUUAAAGGGCAAGUAGCUUCAAAGAGGUACUGUCCCCUUAUCUUUGUAUGAUGUUUGCAAUCUAGUGAACAGAUAUUAAGGAUCGGGGAUACUGCUGGUAAUACAGAGUCAUGCUCUAGCUGGCUGGUACUGCCUCUCAUAACGACACACAUUGGCUGAUCCAGCCUGGGUUACAGAUAUCUGUGACAGGCAAAUAUAACAGAAAGGCAGCUCCGAACUCAGAUCAAAGCACCUUGACACCAAAAAUAUCACAGAAUUAAAAUGUUUUUUUUUAAUAUAUAUUUUCUAACACCAUACAAAGGCAAAGGGGUAGUAAACUUUGAAAUGCUAGAAAAAAAAGUGCCACAUUUUGACCCUUUCUACCUGAAUUGUAGACUGCAGAUGGAACUGCCCCAGUUUGAUACUGGAGUGAUAGUUUUACAAACUAGUUUUAAAUUCCACAUGGAUACUGUAGGUGGUAUACUUGUGGAAUUUCACUCUACUACAUAUGUUCUGUUGUACAGGUAAGUCUAUUGAAGAAUUCAUUUUGAUUAGAUUGUGCCGUUUACAAAACGGAAAAUCAAUAUCUGCCAUUGACAAUACAAUCCUGAAACUUACAGUAUAGAGACUGUGGUUUCUCUGAUGUAGUGAAUAUGAAAACUACCUCCUAAAAUAAGUGGUAGUGCUCCCUGCUAUUGCUGAAAGAGAGGGUGAAAAAUACGCUCCCAUAAUCGCCUCGGUAUGCUGUGUCUGGCAAUACUAGUGGUGAAGCAGCAUCAGACCAAUAGAGGCUUGUACCAUCUGGUUACACUGCAGCGCAAGCACUUUAAUAAUCUGGUUUAAAAUUGUGCUGUUACCAUCAGAGGUUCAUUCAUAAUUAAAAUGUCCACAUCCGCAUGAUGUUUAAAUCUUAAAUAUAUAAUACCUGUACAAACUGCCAAUACAAAGAAUAACUAACUAAAAAGGGCACAAAUACACACUGUCCAUAUACAGCCAUACAGAAUACCCUUGAGGGUGAAUUCAGUCCCUACAGAAUCCAAUGGGAGGGCAGUAGUCGGGCUGCCUUCCUGUAGGAAUCGGUGUUUAGCUUGUUUGCGCACCCAGUAAUUCUUUAAGCCAUUAGGUCCUGUGUUUGUUUGCUUCAUUGUUCAGUUUUUAAUUUGAGUUGUAUUCAUGGUACAGGCUGAGAAAGUUGUGCACUAUGCUAGGUGUGAUAGCUACCUUAUUGGGAGACAAAUGUAUGAAUGCCUUGAGUGUCAGGUUGCUCGCUUGAAGACUGUAGUUUGCUUGCAUUCUUGUUGGUUUAAUCAAAUGUUUACAUUGUCUUUGUUGGUACUGAUAUCGCUUCUGGUCAUUGUUAUAUUUGUGUUUUUGUAAGAAUUUUAUUAAAAUAGAUUUCUGUUUG